AUGAGCAUUCGGUCAGCGAAGAACGUAUCCGCUGGCCGCGAGGCUCAUAGAUUCCAAGAAUCAGCAUUACCUAGUCAAACGUACCAGGACAGAGCUGGGAUGGAUCUUCUAUCAACCGAGAACUUCCAAUCGCUCCAGCAUCCACUUUCAGAAUCUUUCUUUUUGAAUAUGGCCGAGCUGGAGUCCAUCAAGUGUGAACCCACGUGGGAAGACGCCAUAGAUGAACGAUUUAGUAGCACUCCCCAAUCAGACAAUACCCAACAACCCGAAGUUUCCGGAGUCCAACCAACCCCUCGAAUCCAGCCCAAGAGGCGCCGUAACACGUUGGCUUCGGCCGAAUCAACGCAUGCCUCAAGCUCAGUCAGUCGGGAGAAGAACAGGAUAGCGGCCAGCAAAUGCCGCCGAAAGAAAAAGGUUGAGGAGCACCAAUUGGAAGAGCGCAGACGAAUGUUAGCAGUCCAAAACUCGAUCCUCAGCGACUCGGCUGCAGCUCUCCGGAUGGAAGUGCUUCAGCUGAAGAAUGAAGUUCUCAGACAUGGCACCUGCGACUUCCCUCCGAUUCAAAAAUACAUCGAGACAUCGGCCGCGCGAUUGACUUGA